CAGCACCAGCAGUAGAGCAGCAGCAGAAGCAGCAGCAGCACCACCAUCAUCAGGAGCAACGACGCUGGACUUUGACGCCUGGCGUCUCUUUCUCUCUCUUCCUCUUCCUCUUUCUCUCUCUCUCUCUGUCUUUCUCUUUCUCCCCCUAUCUAUCUAUUUACUCGUCUCACUCACUCCUUCUUUCUCUUCCUCUCUCUCUUUCUUUUUCACUAACUCGUUUGGUCGCUCAUAUUGUUAGACCAGCAGACGACCAUUCCAACGUUUUCUUCUCAGUGAUCUAUGUGAUGCCACCCGUGGUCGUUCGGUGAUCCGUGCGCGCAUUAACUUCUUUUCUCAAAACGUGCGCGAGAAUCACGUGCGUGCGUCAACUGAAAGGACAAAGAGAAGAGAAGAGAAAGAAGAAGAAGAAGAAGAAGAAGAAGAAGAAAGAAAAAGAAGAAAUUCCAGAGAAACGAAAAGGGAUAAAGGUGUGACACUUGGGGCCCAUUCGACGAGAAAGACGAAAGAAACGACCAUUACAAGAUAAUAAAAGAAAUCUCUUCGGCUCGACAUUUACAGAUAAGGGCGAUAAAUGCUCUAACGAAAUCCCGAAACGUCGCAGGAUUUUCGGCUUGUAUGUCCGAAAAAGUCCGAUAUGAAUACAGAAGGAAAAACGUUCUCAGGGAGAUGACACCACGACGUCACGUAUUCGCGGGAAUUCGUCGAGCACUUUUGGCAGCCGCGAUCGUGGGUUUGAUCAUCUUGGCCCUCUCCAAUCAAGAUGAUCAUAACAACGUGCAACAGGGAUCACUUUUGGACGAUGAUGUCAACUUAACGCCAGAGGAGAAAAUGAUCGAACUAGCAACAGCUGCGGAAACAGAAGCUCGUUUGAUCGAACGAAGAAAAUUUUUGGCCGAAAAGUGUGCCGAGGAAGGACUCGAUCGUCCUGGAAAUGAUUCCCUUCACAAGCCCAAUGCCUGGGAAUUCCUUGUAAAUAAAGAAUAUCAUCUAAUAUGGUGCAACGUAUUCAAAGCUGCAUCCACCUCAUGGAUGUAUAAUUUCAAUUUACUUGCAGGAUACAGUCCGCAAUUUUUAAGAGCCUCUAAAGCUGUACCAGUGUCUUUGGCACGACAAAAAUAUCCUAGACACACGGCCGAAGAAUUAGCAAAAUAUUUAAAUGACAGUAUCAGUUUCUUAAUCGUCAGACAUCCUUUCGAAAGAUUGUUGAGUGCCUACAGAGACAAAUUGGAACAUAGUUUACCACAUACGUUUCACAGCAAUCUUGGUGCCCAUAUAGUUUGGCAUUACAGAUCAAAGGAUUCAAAAAUGACUGGUAAACAUGGACCGAGAUAUCCAUUCUUUGAAGAAUUUGUUAGAUGGCUUUUAUGCCAGUGGAAAGCUGGAAACGAAUUAGACAUGCAUUGGACACCAAUAGUCAACUUUUGUACACCCUGCCAAGUGCGAUUCGAUAUAAUCGCAAAAUUCGAAACACUUCGAGAAGAUCAGGACUUCCUUAUAAAGCAAGCACACGUUGGACAUAUCAUUAAACCGGAAUGGAAGAAUCCAACGAGAGGUGUUCAAACGAAAGAUGUUGUCCAAAAUUAUUUCACUCAAUUAUCCAAGACACAAAUCAAUGAUCUUUAUGAAAUGUUUAGGUAUGAUUUUAUACUCUUCGAUUAUUCUCCUGAGGAAUAUAUUUCACUUGGAAAAGACAACCCGACUACGUUGAUAUGCAAAAAUUGAAGUUAAAAAUAUGUCAACUACUUACAAGACGUCGGUCUCAAUCGUAAUUAUUUGUGAAUGCAGCAUUCCUUUUUUUUUUUUUUUAUAUCAAAAUAUAGUAUAUUACUCACCUAGGAAGGUAAAGUAAGAAAUGUCUCAGAGUUACAUGUAAUUGUUGUGUUACAAACAUGUGCUCUGAGGCUUGCUUUCUUAUUUACUGUCCAUGGUGAGUAGACAUUUUUUUUUUCUGCUCGACGUAGGCAGAAAGCGGCAACUUUGUUUGAAACGAAAAAAAGAAAAAAAAACGCAACGAAACAUUAGAUUAUGCUUGAUAAAGUUUAAAAUUGCUAAGUAUAUUAUCUGUAUAUAAUAGUCAUUAGUUUUAAGUCAUUUAUUAUAUAGAAAUAAACAAAAUUGAAGUAUUAAUUUUAAUUAAAAUAUACUUUAAACGAUA